GAGUGUUUAUCUCAGAAUAAAGUCUCAAUAAGAGGCUUAAAACAUCAAAUUGAAAGUGACUUUGAUUCCGUUCCCUAUAAGCAUCAACGCUUAGACUGUUUUGAAUGCCAGAGGACUUUGUUGACACUUGCGACACAGGAGGAAUCGAACGAUCAGGGAGCUGUAGUUUCACUUCCCAUGUCGGCACAAGACAGAGGAAGUGACUCCCAGUGCGAAGAACGUCUUGAGGUGGAAGUGAAAGGAGAACACAGUUACUCUUGUGGGUGGCUUGCUGUAACAGAUAUUGGGGAAAAUCACUGCACGAUAUCUGGACCUGCAGCAGACUGGUACCCUAACAUCUACAAGGAUGAAAAAGGCAGAAGUGAUGAUGAAUACAAAGCUGUCAAGUAACAGCAAGUAGAAAGACUUCAAGCCCUGAAACCAUGGAGGUCGAUUGGUCUUCAGCAGCACCCGUGGACAGCAACUUGCCUGGGACUACAGGACGCACUGGUCAACCUUACCAUUGGCAUCUUCUUUACCAGGGCGAACCACAUGAGGAUGCACUUCAAGACUUUAAUCACAAGCUCUCUGAGCCUAGCCUUUCUCCUGAUUCAGACGAGAUGAGGGAUGGGGUCUUUACUGGUUCCUUUGCUUUUUCAGGUCAAAGAUCCCUCAGUCAAUACUUUCCUGAAGAGACAGAAGACGAGUUGGAUGUAAACACCAGCCAUAAUGAGCCACCUGCGUCCGGUGAGCACCGUUCAGACAAAGCAGAAAACCAGUUUGUUGGAAUGAUGACAGCUGCAAUCGAUAGUCACGACGAUGCACAAAGUAAUCCGGGCUCCUCUAUAGGCAGUGCUGUGAGUUUUGAUGAGUCUGCUGAUAGACAGAGAAACAGCAAACAAGAAAACCCCUUUGACAUAAAAGGAGUUUGGGUUGCACAAAAGACUGGCGUCAUAGAAGCUUCCAAACCUAAUGAGGGUAAAACCAAGAUCAGCACCACUCCGGUCUCUUCACCUCUAAGUGAGGCAGACUGUGAUCGAGCCUCCAAGCCAACCUCUGUAUCUGUUGGCAUGCCUUCCACCCUGGCCAGCGGGCCAACAGAUAGGCCAGCUCAUCUGUCAUCUCCCAGUCAUCAGCCUUUCCACUGCUCUCUGUGUGAUCGUUCCUUCAGCCAGAGAGGUUCUCUGAACAGACAUGUGCGGAGCCACCUUGGCGUCCGGCCGUUCCCCUGCCCCCGUUGCCCGAUGACCUUCUCACGCCAAUACCGUGUCACUGAGCACAUGCGUGUUCACCAGCGUUGUGCCCUUGAAAAUGGCUUACAAAAGACCCCCCAGUCUUCUGUUAAAAACAAUGAGGAAAGAUUACAUUGAGAAAAUUUGGUAACACUAUUACAGUAAAACAGAAUACUAAGCAGAGAAAUUGAUAUAAUGUGUUGAUGAUGAAUUGCUGUGAGAUCUUUAAAAGUUUUGAUCAUCUGUAAUUUUACUUCACUCUGUUUGCGGCCUUUUAUGGAUUUCAGUGAAAAUGUAUCGCAACAAUGGCAUUUAGCAUCAUUUCAUUGUGCAGCUCGUGAUUUCCCUCAGGAUUUAAUGUACACUGCAUCCAUCCUGUGCGAUUUUUUAUUUAUAUUUCCACCAUUAUAAUUGUUUUUGGCAGCUAUUUACUUUGUGGUUCUCUAAAUUAACAGAAGUAUUUGUUACUUUACAUGAAACUGCAGAGAGAUGUUGCAAGCCAUUGUAUAUAGGGCAGAUGCUGAGGAUUGGCAGCUACAAUUUUUUAUAUUAUCCUGUAAGCAGUUCACUGAGACUAAGCUAAGCUGUGUGUUUAAGAUUUGAAUGUUCUCAUGAGAUAAUGGAUGAUAUAUCUACUUAUUACUCCUAGUUUUGUUUUUUAUUUUUUAUUCCCUUACCAAGGAGAAAAUAAAUGUCAAUUCAAAAAGAUUUCACAAAAAUAUUGACAAAAUAAUAAGAUUGACCACUGUUAAACAUCUCUUCACAGCAUAAAAAGAUGAGACAACACUCAAAAAU